AAGAGUGCACAUGUCCUAACAUUGUUAACCGGGACGAACACGCGUCAGAAAACUGUAUCAGUGUGUCAAAAUUGUAGAUUCAAAAAUGUCUAAAACGAAUGGUGUUCCAAAUCCGGCGUACGACUAUGGGUCCAAAGAUAAACACUCCAAAGUUGACAUGGAAUCAAGUCAUUAUGAAAGAGCUGCAACGAUCACUGGUCAUAAUAUCGUAUACACAGUGGAUGUGAAAACAAAACCAUGUUGUGGACAGAUAGAGAAGAAGGAAAUAUUAAAAGGAAUCAAUGGUGUUUUCAAGCCUGGUAUGAAUGCCAUCCUUGGACCAACAGGUAGUGGAAAAUCUUCAUUAUUAGAUAUAUUAGCUGGAAGAAAAGAUCCUGCUGGUUUACAUGGACAUCUCUUACUGGAUGGAUCUCCACCUCCUGAAAAUUUUAAGUGUAUGGUGGGCUAUGUUGUUCAGGAUGACGUUGUGAUGGGUGGACUGACAGUUCGUGAGAAUUUUGAGUUCUCAGCAACUCUAAGAUUACCUAGUCAUGUCACUAAAGCCGAAAGAAAAGACAGAGUAGAUAAUGUUAUAAAUGAACUUGGUCUGAACAAAUGUGCUGAUACUAAGGUUGGAAAUGAAUUUUUCCGAGGAGUAUCUGGUGGAGAAAGAAAAAGAACAAAUAUUGGAAUGGAGUUGAUUAUCUCCCCUCCUGUGCUAUUUUUAGAUGAACCAACAACAGGUCUUGAUGCUAACACAGCUAACUCUGUAAUGAUGUUGUUGAGAAGAUUAGCAUUGAAAGGAAGGACAGUUGUAUUUUCCAUUCAUCAACCAAGAUAUUCUAUCUUCAAGUUAUUUGACAGUUUAAUGUUGUUAUCCAUGGGUGAAUGUGUUUAUCAUGGAUCAGCCAGUGAAUCUUUAGAGUACUUCAAAUCUAUAGGAUAUGUUAUAGAAGAACACAAUAAUCCACCAGAUUUUUUCUUAGAUGUUAUCAAUGGAGAGGCAAAUAAUUCAGAAAAAGAUAUAAAUGAAAUAUCAGUGAAAGACAUUGAAGAAGUACAUACGAAAUUGGUAUCAUCAUUUCAGAAGUCAACUUUAAAUUCAAGAUUACAAAAUCAGAUGAAUCCGAUCUUACAACAGUAUGAGCGUGCCGUAGAGACCAAUACUGUUAAGGUUUUACCUAAAAUAGAAUAUGCAACAUCAGCAUUCACACAGUUUAGAGCUGUAUCUGGCAGAACAAUACUUAAUUUACUGAGAAAUCCACAGCUGUCAGUUAUGCAGUGGUUGGUGUUGAUAAUUUUUGGGUUGAUUGUUGGUGCUAUUUACUGGCAGCUAGAGAAGGAUUGUGUAACAGGAAUCCAGAACAGAGUUGGAGCCUUUUUCUUCAUUAUAAUGAAUCAAGUAUUUGGAAAUUUAUCGGCAGUAGAAUUGUUUAUCAAAGAGAGGUCCAUAUUCAUGCAUGAGAAUGUGAGUGGAUUUUACAGAGUGUCGGCCUACUUUUUCUCCAAGAUUAUCUGUGAUGUGAUACCGAUGAGACUGAUUCCAGUCAUCCUGUUUUCAACUGUCACAUAUUUUAUGUUGGGUUUACGACUAGCAGUAGAGAACUUUUUCCUGUAUGUCCUGUCAUUGUUUUUAGUAGCCAUGUCCGCGUCAGGAAUCGCUUUCUUCUUCAGUGCUACUGUGUCAAUAUUUGCCGUUGCUAACUUGUGUAUUGCUCUCACAUAUGUCUUUAUGAUGGUAUUCAGUGGUCUACUGGUAAAUGUAUCCUCGGUUCCAUCAUGGUUACGAUGGCUGAAAUGGGCAAGCUUAUUUAGAUAUGGUUUAAAUGCAUUAGAUAUAAAUGAGCUGAAAGACAUGACCUUUACCAAUGGCACAGCUACAUGCUCAGCGGCUGGUAAUGAUUACCUAAUUGAUCAGGAUAUUCCUUAUCAAACAAGCUGGGAUUUCUGGCAAAAUAUUGUAGCACUAGGAGCCAUGUCAGUGAUCUCAAUGGCUGGUACAUACAUUCAGUUAAGAAGAAUGAAAAAAUUAAGAUAGAGAUCUUAUAUCACAGAAAAUAUGACAGAUUUUUGCAAGGACCAAAUCCAUGUGUUUCUUUGUGAAAACAGAGUUGUGACCCUUUAUUAUUAGUGUUAGAGUUUAGCUAUCAAGGAACUUACGAUUAUUUUCAGAUCUUUUUUAUUUUUGGCUAGUUAGCUGGGAAAAAAAGAAUAAUUUGAUUUGAUUGUGUUUUUAGAAAUGUUGAACAUCUUUGUAUUCAGUUCUAACAAAUUAACAAACUAUGUAUAGAUAAUACAUUGUAAUAAUGUAUAUAUGUAAUUAUUGGUUAUUGGUUUUAUAAAUGUAUAGUAGUUAGGUUAAACAUAUAAAGUUUUAUUUUUAACUUGACCUAACGAAAGGUACAUAUACUGGAAAAUUAUAUUUGAAUCUGCCUUAGGUUUAAAAUUGAAAUUUCUAGUUCUUCAAUAAGUUAAUUUAAGUAGGUAGAGGCUUUAAUGGAUAACUUUAUUAGCCUGUUUAGCUAAAAAUUGACCUUUCCAGCUUAGCUUAUAAAAGUGAAUUCCAUCCACCUAGCACAAAUUAGUAAUUUAUAAUAUUUCUUUAGAUAUAUAUUCAUAUGAUAAAUGUAGGUCAGUAGAUAUUAUUAAUCUUGCCAUAGUGAUACAUUAAUAAAUAUUGUAAAAAUUAUAAAAUAUACUAAGGUAAUAGCGUUAACAAAUACAUACCUCAUCAGUUCUCAUAUUCAAACUUAAAGAAUCAGUUUUUAAGAUUCUCCCUAAUCAAACAAUGAUUUACAAUUGUUAUGUUUGUUUUAUUUACAAUUGUCCUUUUUUUAAGCCACAAAAUAUUAUACAUUUAAAACCUUUCUUUCUACUGCUACAUGACAUUGCCUCUAAAUAUCCAUAGUGAAAAUUAGUUUGUCGAUUUGACACUACAUGAAAGCAGAAGGUAGAGGGCUUUAGUGCAGCUAUGAAAUAUUUCAAAUGUUGAUAAAGCCAUCUAUUUAUUACAUGUUUAUCCCACUGCAAAAUGUUUUGUAGGGUAUAACUUUUUUGACCCUUCCACCAUCUUGUUAUUAUCACUUGCAACAAAGAAUUUCCUGAAACCUUUUUGUUCAUUAGGACAUACUAUGUAGAUGUGCAUAUUAACAGGAAUUAAUCAUUCAACUUUUUUCAUAGGAGAUAUGCCCUUUGAACUUAAAAUGUUGGCCUUUUUAUAGUAGUGCAAACGAUUUUCAUCAAAACCUCUCUGAAACCUCACAAUAGAAUAUCAUUAAACAUUGUAGUUGAUCAGCACAUACUAUAUAAAUGUGCAUAUUGACAGGAAAUUAUGAUUCAUCUUUUUUCUAGGAGUUAUGCCCUUUGAACUUUGGCCUUGUUUUACUACUGGCAGUAUGGUAGAUAUGCACAUUCACAAGACAUUUUUAUCAGUUGACUUUUGUACAAGUCUUAAAAACUUAUAACUCUAUAGUGUUUGCCUAGUGACAAUGUGGGACCAUAGGUUAUGCGAGUUUACUUUCAAAGGUUCUUUAAUUUAUCUCUGUUAAAAUGUACCUCAGUAGUUGUAACUGUAUCAUUGUCUCAAUGCAUCUUACUUUCAAUUAAGAUUUUCCCCAAGUACAUGUAUUCAGUGGCGGAUCCAGAAAUUUUCAUAAGUUGGGGCCCACUGACUGACCUAAGAGGGGGCCCGCUCCAGUCACGCUUCAGUGAUUCUCUUUAUAAGCAACCAAAUUUUUUCCCCAAAAAGGGGGCCAGGGUCCGCCUCUGGUAUUCUAUAUUGAUUUCAGGAAUAGUUGACUGAAGGUGUAGAUUAUAAUUAACAAAUGCAUUAUAAAAUUGUGUGAGACUUAAAAUAAUUGUGAAUGAUUAAUAAUUGAACAUCUACAAUCUGAGACAAAACUGUGGCAAUUUGAAACAAUCAGUCAAUUAAAUCAGAAAUAUGACAAUCAAAAUCAGUAGUCUUGCCAAUCAUUGAUGUGUUCAAAGGUUAGCAUUUCAUUUUCUAUAAUUUAUUGAUUUCUAGUUUUAUGACCAAAUUUGCAUAAUUAUUUAAAAGCUGUGAUUUUUAUUAAUGUUUUUUUAUACAUAAAUAUUCAUUUUAUUCAUUUUUGUCUCCUGUGACGAGGAAAGUCCAGGAAAAGUGAGUAAUAGUGAUUGCGAUGGCAAUGAUGAUGAAGGUGGUGUCAACAAUUGUUAAGUUAUCUACUUAAUUAAGUUGGUUUGAUAGAAAGUAUUUGUGAUAGAUCAUUGAUGUUAAGCAACCAACAAUCAAUCAAUGAAAGAUAGAUCAUAAAGUUACAUAAAUGUAUGUAUAUUUCAGUUUUUAAACCAUUUUCAGGCCCUGUCAACUAGUUCAUUUUUAGUAACCAAAUAGUUGUUACUGUCCAUCAGAUUGUCUUUUUCUGAAUUUUAUGAAGACAGGCAGAACAUAUCUAUGUGUCAACAGUCUACUUAAUACUAGUGCCAAAUUAAAUAAUAGUGAAAAAGUCCCAUGACAAGUUUUAUCUUGUUUCGUAUCAUUGUGUCUCAAAGCUAGUUCUGAGGAAAGUUCAGUACAUUGUAUUGGUAUAUAAAAUAUAAAGAAAUAAAAUCACAUUCGUUCAUGUUAAGAUUGAUUGCUAUCCUAUUUAAACAAAUCAUGGUCACAAAAAAAGUCAACUUGUAAUAUUCUGUACUGUUGCAAACUUUCAUAAAUGAUUUAUUUUGACUUAUUUCAUGAACAAGAACAAAGAAAAACAAAAACAAAAAUGAAUGGUUCAUUAAAAUUAGUAAAAUGCAUAUGAGAGGACUCUUAGCUGGCAAAAAAUGCAAUUUUUAGAUUUACAAUCUAUUUACAUUGUCAAUUGAAUAUGUUGUUUCUUUUUCUUUGUUCAUAGUUUUCAACUGAUUAUUAAGUUUUAUAUAAUUUCACUUUAUGAACGUUGUCAUCAAAAGCAUACAGCCAGAUUUAAGAGGAGCCAAACAUAAUUUUACAUGCUAUAUCUGUUCUUUUUAUUAAUUAUAUAUCUUAUAUACAAAUAUUGUCCUAAUUUUGUCUUGUGUACCCUGUUUAUACCAUCAAACUUACCUUGUAUUUUGAUUUUUACAGUUAUUUCGUUGAUUAAAAUUGAUAUAUACAUGA